CAAAUAAUACGAAAAAUGCUUGUUUGACUUCUUCAUCUCGUGUUCCGUUAACUGUCCUUCGACAUAGAGAUCCAAAUGAUGCCAUUGAAUCAGCGAGCAAAUCUAACAAGAUGUCCCAAAAUUCUGGCUGCCAACUACAUGACUGUGCUUCCAGAACACCUGCACGAACUGAAGAAAGUAGCAAAACUACAAAAACUAGAUGCAUGGAAGAUGAUACUGGGCCUACUAAAGAAUGA